CGGUGUCUGCACGGCGAACACGGUGAGCGUGGCCUUUGAUCCCCGCCGCCCCAAGGCCACUCUGAGCGCGAUCCGGGAUUCGCGGCGUCCCAUGCCUCCCCCGCGCCUGUUUUGAACCAUCGAUCAAACGCAUCCGGGGACGUGUCGGGGCCCGCGUGCAGCCCGGACGGAAGCAGGCGGGGGCCGAGCCCGCGCUAUAAGUGUCGCGGCCCGGCGGCAGCAGCAGGCGGGGACAUGCGGGGCUUCGGGGCUUUGCUGCUGGCCGUUCUGGGACUCGGCGAGCUCUGCGCGCCGCUGGCCGCCCUGGUCCUGGACUUCAACGGCAUCAAAAGUGCUGCGGACGCGCAGGGCGCGCGCAAGGGCCCGCCGUGCGUGGCGGACGAGGACUGCGGCCCCCGGAAGGUCUGUGUAGCGCCGCGCGGGGAGCAGCGCUUCUGCGCGGCCUGCCGCGGGCCUUGGAGGCCGUGCCGGCCUGGAGCCUCGUGCUGCCCCGGGGCGCGCUGCGCCAACGAUGCGUGCGCUCCCGGGGAAGACGCAGCCCCGGGGCUGGAAAGCAGGACUGACCCGCCAGGGGGCCUGGACGCCGCGGGACCCACUGAGCUCCCAGUGGAGGAGAACAAACCCAGGAGGAAGCCAAACGCCAAGAAACCACAGAGCGUCAAGGGACAAGAAGGAGAAAGCUGUCUUAGAACUUCCGACUGUGGCCCUGGUCUUUGCUGCGCUCGUCAUUUUUGGACUAAGAUCUGUAAACCAGUCCUGUUAGAGGGACAGCUCUGCUCUAGGAGAGGCCAUAAAGAUACUGCGCAAGCCCCUGAGAUCUUCCAGCGCUGUGACUGUGGUCCCGGGCUAGCCUGUCGAAGUCAAGGCAGCUGGCAACAUGCAAGGUUAAAAGUAUGCCAGAAAGUACAAAAAGACGCAAACGCGUCACCAUAAAGAAGGCUCCUCAUCGUGUUCAAGCAGGAUCUUGUGCACUAACUUUGAAGUACUUCUAUAUAAAUAUGCCCUAAAACCUAAUCUAGCAACAGGGGCAGACUGAAAGUCCAUGGCCUUCAGACCCCUCGAACCCCUGGCGUGGUUCUCCUUUGUCACCGAACCUGUUACAGGAUAAGGAGAGUAACAUGUUCCGCUGUUAGGAGUGGAACCUAGCUUUGGUUUGUUUGGGUUUUGUUUUGUUUUGUUUUGUUUUGUUUUGUUUUGUUUUUGGCUAAAAAAACAAAUAAAAUGGAUGUGAUUCUACAAGAAAAACUAACAAAAAAUUAGUCUUGAACUACUUAUAGUUCAAAUAAAAUACUUUAAAAAUUA